AUGGUUUACAAACGGAUGGUAGAGAUCGGGCGCGUUGUGUUCAUUGCUCGUGGUGACAGCGCCGGUAAAUUAGCCACAAUUGUUGACGUCGUUGACGGAAAUCGAGCGUUGGUAGACGGUCCAUCAUCUGGAGUGCCUCGUUCGGUGCGGAACUUCAAGGAUCUUCAACUGACUAAGUUUCAUAUACCUCUACGACAUGGAAUGCGCACCAAGAACGUCAAAAAGUCGUACGAUGAGGAGAAGGUCAAUGAGAAAUGGUCGAAAACUCUGUGGGCACAGAAAAUCGCCAAAAAGCAACUCCGUGCCAAAAUGACAGACUAUGACCGCUUCAAGCUGAUGCGUGCAAAGCAAUUGCGUAAUCGAUUGGUUCGAAUUGAAAUGGCCAAAUUGAAGAAGAGUGCCGCGAAGAAGUAA